CACCGUGAAGGCAGUACCGUCCUGCCCGGCGAGAGAAAGCUCUGACAGCUUACGAGUCAGUGAAAAGCCUCCAGAAACUCAGCAUCCUGCAUUUCAGUCCUCACACCCGGAGCGCACGGGCAUGCAGGGAGCGCACUGACUCGUUCAGGGGGAGGGGGGUGGAGGUGUGGAAGGGAAUGGACUCCCACACUGCACCGAACCAGAGGACUGCCGCUGGGAGGAUGAGGAGGAUGAGGAAGACUGCGCCGUCAGUUUCGUUUUAAUUCCUGCAACCGGCUGCCUUUACGCAGGGUGGAGAGGUUCAGUCAUCCGCCGCCCCUGGCAGUGUAAUCCGCUUGUCGGGAGGAGCAGGGAAAGCCCCUGUCCAGACUGAGACAGAGGCGAGGGGGAGAGAGAGAGAGAGAGAGAGAGAGAGAGAGAGAGAGUUUUAAGUCGGACCGGGAUAGAGAGAGUUGACAGGAGCGUUUGGUCAUAAGUCAAGCUUCUGUCCUGCUGCUGCUGCUGCUGGGAAAAAUAAAUUAAGUGACUGACAGAGACUCUGAGGAGGAUCACUCAAACUGCUCCACUUCACACCAUGAGUGGACCGACAAAUGUUCAGUACCAGUCAGGUCUUUAUGGAGGAAACAACAACAGCAGCUCUCCUGUCUCCAGCCGAGGAAACUCUCCCAUCGUGUGUGAGCGCUGUGGGGAGGUUUGUCGCGGGGAGGUGGUGCGUGUCAAGAAAACACACUUCCAUGUUCACUGCUUCACCUGCCAAGUUUGUGGCUGUGACUUGGUGCACUCGGGUUUCUUCCACCACUCUGGAGAGUACAUCUGCACCGAGGACUACCAGCGGCUCUACGGGACCCAGUGUGACAGCUGUGACCAGUACAUCACUGGAGAGGUGGUAUCUGCCUUGGGGAGGACGUACCACCCACACUGCUUCGUCUGCAGCAUCUGCAGGAGUCCGUUCCCAAUUGGCGACAGGGUGACCUUCUGUGGGAAGAAGUGUGUGUGUCAGCAGUGCUCACACUCUCUGAGCAGCGACAAGCCCGUCAAGGUUCAUGGACCAAGCUACUGUGCAGGCUGUGGUGAGGAGAUCAAACAGGGUCAGUCUCUGCUGGCUCUGGAGAGACAGUGGCACGUCAGUUGUUUUAAAUGCCGAACGUGUGGCUGUGCUCUCACCGGAGAGUACAUCAGCAAGGAUGGGAUACCUUACUGUGAGGCUGACUACCACACUCAGUUUGGGAUCAGGUGCGAGAGCUGUAACAGGUACAUCAGCGGCAGAGUACUUGAGGCUGGAGGGAAGCACUACCACCCCAGCUGUGCCAGGUGUGCCCGCUGUCACAUGAUGUUCCUGGAAGGAGAGGAAAUGUACCUUACAGGUUCAGAGGUUUGGCACCCCAUGUGUAAAGAAGCAGCUCGGCUGGAGAGAAAACUGAGGCUGAGACGGACCUCUGAGACGGCAUCCAUUUCUCCUCCGGGCUCCUCUCCUCUCUUCGGCUCCCCUCACCGGAUUAUCUGUUCUAAGGCUGACGGUGAUGUUUUGGACUAUAAGCAGCUGGCGGCUCUGCCCAGGGUCAAAGCCAUAUACGACAUCCAGCGGCCUGACAUCAUCCCUUAUCAGGCCGACCACACGCACACACAUCUCUCAGAAGACGGUCUGGAGCGAUACAGCUGUGGACAGUCAUUGGGGUCCUUAUCACCAUACUCUCAUGAUGUUUUGGAUGCCGUGGAGUUGAGAACAAGGCGUUCCUCCAGCUCUGCCUUCACUGACUCUCCUGCACACAGUCGUCACGGAGGUUCCCCACUGCAUUAUUAUCUCCCCGGCAGUGAGAGUGGCAGGAGUUCACCCUAUUACAGUCAGCCAGAGCCCAGGUGUGCCACACCCACCACCGCCACCUUGCAAGCCCCCAAGCAUUUCCAUGUGCCAGCUUCUGAAGAAACCAACAUCUACAGGAAACCUCCCAUCUAUAAGAGACAAGACAUCUCUGCCUCUCCAACAGCCAAUAAGAGUAAGACCAAUGAGAAUCUCGUCAAUUCCAGUCGCCUCUCCUCCUCCAACUGUAACAACAUUUAUCACCCAGACUCCAACUACUACCCAUAUACUGGCUCUCCAAAAGUCUCCAGAGUGAGGAGGUUUUCAUCUGGAGGAGAGGAGGAUGGAUGGAAUCACAAUAUAAACAAGGGAAUUGGCAGGUUGAUCCUGAAGGAGGAGAUGAAGGCCCGGUCAGGUUGUCACGACAAUGACCAGUGGGGGAGCAGACGCAGUUCCCGUUGUAGCAGCAAGGAGGCGCUGAAUAAUCUAGGAUAUGGUUCCCUCAAUGGCUCUCCCAGGUCCGUCUACAGCACAGACAGCGACUUGUACAUUGCCAAAUCUGCCUCAUUGCCAGGCUAUGGCAGAAAUGGACUAAACAGGCCUGGGAGUGCGGGUGCAGAUUAUUACCAGUAUGACAGCAGUAAUGCAGUUAAUUGGCAGAUCAGAGAAUACAAGGUAAGAUGCUUUUCCCAAAGCUGGUGAGCCAUAACUGAGCCAAGAGGAGAAGGUCCGGAUCAGUGGAUAAUAGAUAAGAAUGAAGUGUUUCCUGUUUAAAGUUCACACUGAACAGUGAAUCCAUCUCACUCAGUAACACCCACUUGACUCUGUGAAAUUUUGUGAAGUUGACUGAGUCACUUUAUCGACAUUGGAAAAGACAAAGGUUAAUUGUACACACAGGGUUUGUGUGAUUGGUGAGGGGUAUUCAAUAGGCUUUUAUCUUUGAGCGUUCUGUCUCAUCAUGAAUGUUCAAAAAGUGUUGGGAGCAGUUUUCAACCCCACUCUUCAUCACUUAAGCUAGAAACUCUUUUUCUCUUUAUUAAGAAGAAAGAGGAAAACGAGAGCAAUAAGAAAAACACUUCUCUUCCUGUAUGGAGGCUUUAUUUUAUAUUUGCAGUAACAAUGAAAGAGAAAGACUUAAUCUGUCUUUUUCAGUGUGUGUGUGUGUGUGUGUAUACACAGCAUCAGUAAAAGGCCCCUGAGGGAGCAUCUGAUCACAGUUUGAUUUAUAGCCUCUGUACUGUGGCAAUCCAGUUAUAAAAAUUUAUACUGAUACAUUAGUACUACUCUUUCUGUCUUUGUUAGAUCUACCCAUAUGAAGCCCUAAUGGUGUCAGUCAGAGGCCAGCAGCGUCUCCCGAGUGACGUAGACCGAGCCAGGCUGGAGCGUCACCUCUCACCAGAGGAGUUCUACAGAGUCUUUGGCAUGUCCAUGUCCGCCUUUGACCGUCUCGCUCAGUGGAAAAAGAACGAACUUAAGAAACAGGUCCGACUCUUUUGAGAAAAU